GGAGCGAUCUGCGGUGGGAGGCCGAUGCAAGGAAGGACGUACAGUUGUGGGAGCUCGGAAAGUUUUGCCGCGGGGAAAAGGCCCAGCUCGUAAAAAGGGGGGAGUCAGGUGUACGUCCCUUGCACGCUUCCCGACACAACCACGCUGUCUCUCUUCCUCUGCUCGUCCUCAACUCCGCCCUUCCAAGUCACGUUUUCCCACCCGGCAGCUUUCAAGCGAUUGCAAAAGGAGGAAAUAGAAGCGGCAAGGGGCUCGGCGGGCCCGGCCUGCGGCGGGGCCCGGGCAUUCCCGCCGGGCUGCGGCGCCUCCUGAAGCCCGUCUCCCCCCCGCCCGGUGAGUGGCCGGCUUGGAGAGCGCGGGCGGAGCCGUUUCCGAGCUGCGCCCGUCGCUAUUGGUCAAGAGGAGAUUCGCUCCGCCAUUGGGUGCGCGUUCCCCGAUAGGCGCCCAGGCCUAUCAGGAGCGGCCGGCCGCGCAAAGGGAAGGGAUAUAAGGGCGGGCGCCAGGGCUCGGGUCACUUACCUGUUCUUUUCGCGUAGUAGUUGGUGUUCGUCGCUGAUCGAUCAAGCGAAGAUGUCCGGCCGCGGGAAGCAGGGCGGGAAGGCGCGGGCCAAGGCCAAGUCGCGCUCGUCGCGGGCCGGGCUGCAGUUCCCCGUGGGCCGCGUGCACCGGCUGCUGCGCAAGGGCAACUACGCGGAGCGGGUGGGCGCCGGCGCCCCGGUGUACCUGGCGGCCGUGCUGGAGUACCUGACGGCCGAGAUCCUGGAGCUGGCGGGCAACGCGGCCCGCGACAACAAGAAGACGCGCAUCAUCCCCCGCCACCUGCAGCUCGCCAUCCGCAACGACGAGGAGCUCAACAAGCUGCUGGGCAAGGUGACGAUCGCGCAGGGUGGGGUGCUGCCCAACAUCCAGGCCGUGCUGCUGCCCAAGAAGACUGAGAGUCACAAAGCCAAGAGCAAGUAAAGCGGAUGCGGACCGUCGUCCCUAGCACCGCAGCGAAACCCAAAGGCUCUUUUCAGAGCCACCCACAGCGUCGGGAAAGAGCUUGAGAUGCCACGGAGCGGGUGCCAGUGGAAGGAUGCGCUGGCGGUGUGUCGGGGUCUG